UCUCUCUCUCUCUCUCUCUCUCUCACUUUUAUGUCACUCCCUGCGUGUUGUUUUCUUGCUUUUGAGGGGAGAGAGAGAGAGAGAGAGGGUGGGGGCCGUUAUCCUCAGAUUUCUGCUUUUCUCCUCUACUAAAACAGGCUAGGCGCACAAUAGCACAACAAUGUCCUCCCAUCCCACCAUCAACGGCGAGCCCAGAACGCGCCCCGCCAACCUCCCCGGCGGCUCCCCUUCCCGUCUGCCUCCGCCGCCACGCCACAACCGCCACCACUACCACCCGCCGCCCCCCGCCUCCUACUCCUCGUCGGCCUCCCUGAAGGGCUGCUGCUGCUGUCUCUUCCUCCUCUUCUCCUUCAUCGCCCUCCUCAUCCUGGCCAUCGUCCUCGUCGUCGUCCUAGCCGUCAAGCCCAAGAAGCCCCAGUUCGACCUCCAGCAAGUCAGCGUCCAGUACGUCGGCAUCACCACCCCCGCCCCGGCCGUCGCCGCCGUGGCGCAGCCGUCCUCGGCGGCGGUCUCCCUGAGCAUCCGGAUGCUUUUCACGGCCGUGAACGACAACAAGGUGGGCAUCAAGUACGGCGAGUCGAGGUUCACGGUGAUGUACCGAGGCGUGCCGCUGGGGCGAGCGGCGGUGCCGGGAUUCUACCAGGCGGCGCACAGCGUUAAGCAGGUAGAAACCACCGUGGUCGUGGAUCGGGUGAAUCUGCUGCAGGCCGACGCCGCGGACUUGGUGCGGGACGCCACCCUCAACGACCGGGUGGAGCUCCGAGUACUGGGCGAUGUCGGGGCUAAGAUCCGGAUUCUUGGGUUCACUUCGCCUGGCGUGCAGGUAUCGGUGGAUUGUGCGAUGGUGAUAAGUCCAAGGAAGCAGUCACUAACGUACAAGCAGUGCGGUUUUGAUGGAUUGAGCGUCUGAUCUGAUCCCCUUCCCUUCCCUUCCCUUCCCUUCUCUGCUUAAAAGCUAAGCUAAGUUAAGCGUAAGCGAGGCCGGGGAGAAACAGCGACACACACGGAUUAGAUUCUAACUCCAUUUUCUUUCCUUCACUUUCCUUUCUCGGAGAAUUUUCCGGGAAAGGAAAAAGAAAAAGAAAAAAAAAUUAUUCGUUAGGUGUAAGGUUGCUGCUUGUGUUCUACUUCUACUCUAACCUCACUUUUUGGCCACGGAA